AUUCUUCCUUGAUGCCAAGUAGUAUACAAAUCGACUGUGAUGCUGCGCCUGGUAUAAGACCCCGCAAUUUGUAAAUGCCCCGUGGGGGCAACAUGUGCGAACUUCCUAAUGGAGCAGGAUCUGCUACGCGGCAAUUCGCAACGCGUGAAUGAUUCAGGCUGAAAGCCGAUCUCCUCGUAUGUCGUGCAUACUAGCCACUCCAAAGGCAACUUCAUCACUAGUAAACAGUGUCAUCGGUCUUGCUGUUACUUCAAGCACCAAGACAUUUUGACUUGGCUCGGGCUUGUGCAAACGCAGGGAGAAGCGAACAUGCUUUGCUAUAUCGUCAUGAGGAUAGGUUGCCAGCAAAGGAGGAAUUAUUGCGACGAUCGGUUGAUAUAAAUACCAUCAGCCUGUUCCCCUUAUCGAUGGUAUCAGAUUCCCCAGUUAUAACUUCGCCGACAAGAUGAUUCUCACGAAAGCCUUCCAAACUCUGUUGGCCUUGACUGCUAUCAAAUCUAGUAUUGCAAUGCCUACAAAACGAGAUACCAAGGUCGGAUACCUAUUCACCUCCUUCCCCGUCGACGAUGAAGCAAUUUACAUGCACCUCUCGAACGGCAACGACCCUCUUUCCUACCAAGCUCUUUCCCUAGACGGCACAGCGGAAACACAAGCCAUUCUCCGCAGCGACGUCGGAACUAAGGGUGUCAGAGAUUCCUUUAUCGUGCCUUCCCAAGAUGGCAGCAAAUUCUGGCUCAUCGCAACCGAUCUCCUUGCCAACAACUUCACAAACGACUUCAACGAAGCCACCAGAUUUGGCUCACGACAACUCGUCAUCUGGGAAUCCGACGACCUGGCUACAUGGGGAGAAGCACGCCUAACACCCAAUCUCGUCAAUGCAACUGCUGGGAACGCAUGGGCUCCUGAAGCAUACUGGGAACCCUUGGUUGAUGCCUACAUUGUCGUCUUCGCCUCUCGUUUCUGGCCCGAAUCUGACACCGAUCGUUCUGGUCCUCAGCCUCCUAACAUCCUUAUGUAUGUCACCACCACCGACUUCGUCACUUUCUCGGAAGCAAAGACCUAUUUCAAUCCCGGCUACCCUGUCAUCGACGCUACCUUCAUCGCCACCCCCGAACAAGGCCCUAAUGUUUGGUACCGCUGGGUCAAGACCGAAGUCGACUACACAAUCUUCCAACAGCGCUCGGAGAACGGUAUUCUCGGCGACUGGGUCAAUGUAGGCGGCGCUUCCGACGACGUCCGCGUUACAUUUGCUAGCGAGUUCUCCAACAACGAGGGUCCUUUGAUCUUCAGAGAUAACUUAGAUGCCAAGAAGUUCCAUCUGUGGAUUGAUGAGAAUGAUUUGCAGACAUACAUUCCGGCCACCGCAAGUACGUUGGAUGAUAUGAGUGCUUGGGUGCCUGAUGAUAGAAGUGGUUUCCCUAAGGACGUUAAGCAUGGAAGGGUGCUGGCUGUUGAUCAACAGCAGUAUGAUGCUAUUUUGGCCAAGUACAAGGUCGUUGGUGCAUAGAAGUGAACCAAGCUCAAAAUACAUCAGAGCUGACAUAGAAAAUUCAAUUGAGA